CAUUGUGCUGCAAUGGCAUUACCUCGCGCCAAAGGCGCCGCGCAAUACAAGAAGCAGGAUGGCGAGCUGUCGUUGUCAAGCGAUGGCAAGAUGAUCACAUGGUCGCCAAACACGCCAGGAAGCAUUUCAAAUGUAACGAUUGCUACCGAGCAAUUGACGAACUUGCAGCAGACACCAGCGACAAGCGCAAAGGCUGUGUUAAAACUGUUCGUGCAGGCUUCUGGCACGGCGGCGCCCGAGACAUUCAACUUUACUUUCUCCUCGGCUACAACCGCUCGCGAUGAAAUGAACGCAUUCAUUGCGCCUCUUAAGAAGAUUAUGGAGGCACAGAGAGCCGGCACGGUAUCGUCAUUAGUAACACCUAGCCCAGCGCCUACGCCCGGAGGGCAAGGACAGGCAGACUCUAUAUCUAUAGCGCAGGCUGCGUCUCAUGUGAAUAAAGAAACUUCUCAGGAUAGCUUCCCUGACGCCGAGUUAUUGUCUAAUGUGGCCUUCCAAAAGGCAUUGACCGAGCAAAACCCUUCACUGCGAGAGCGAUUGGCGCAGGCAAUGCGAGAUAAGCCUGCAUCCAUGACCUCGGGGCAGUUGUCACGGCAAUUCUGGUCAAGUCGGAUUCAUCUACUGCGAGCCUAUGCUGCAGAGCAGGCACAGAAGAAGGGCGAAUACAAUGUCAUUGCAGACAUCAAGCCAGUCAGACAUCCAGAUGGAAUAGUUCGAUACGACUUCACACCCGCAAAGUUCAGAAUGAUCUUCACGCAGUAUCCAUUCAUGGUGAAAAUUCACAACGAGUUGUUCAAGAAGAAAGUAUUUACAAAGGAGGAAGAAUUCUGGAGUGACUGGGUAAAUAGUCGCUUGUACAAGAAGAUGAAAGGCGAGAAGAUCAAGGAGCAAGAUUAUGAGCACCCACACUUUGACCGCUACCUAGAUUUAGUGGAAACGGGAUCGCGACCGAAGCAUUUUACCGUUGAUCACAUUCCUCGAUUUCUCGAUAUGGAGGGCAACGAGCAGAAUCACAGCCAGAAGUUUGGCAAUGCACCAGAUUUUACAAUGCAACCUGGUUUUAAUGGUCGAAACCCCAUUUUAAGCACGUUGAAUAACAUGAGCGAACGACUCUUAGUGAACGUGGCUCCUUCUGAUAACGACGCUCAUGGACCUGUUGGUAUGGAUGAAGAGACGUACAAUGAGUUGAUGCUUCGAGAUUUGCAACGGAACGACAAAGACAAUCGCGUGCUGCUUAACAUAUCGGAUCAUCGGCAUAUUGCUCCGUCUGACGGCGCCAACGGAGCUGUUCACCUACGCCCAGGUGAUGUUCUCAAAGCGUUGGGACAUGUUCGAGAAAAUCUGAAGGUCGAACCUAAUUUGCCGGUCGAGUUGGAAGAUAACGACGAGCGGCAGGCAUUGAAAGCGACCACAAGCAUGAUGAAAAGUAUCAAGCUACGCGCUUCGCACACGACGCCGGAUCAGAUAGCUCAAAAGAACGUGUCGAAUAAGGUUAAGGAAGCAGCUGUCAUGGCGCAUGGAACAACUGUUGACUUCCUCCACUACUUCUGGGGUGCGUAUCUUUCUGGCGACGUCACCCGUGCGGAGGAUGUCAAGUUUCUCGUGGAAACGUUGCAAAACUCGAAAGGUCGGUUCGAUGCUGUUGCGGAUCAGGCUGAACAGGAGAGGCAGGCACAGCUGGAGCAGAUUCAAGAAAUGGAACGAAAUAUGCCUGCCAACAAGCGAAGGCGGAUGGACAGGUCACGGGUACCAGGUGGAAAACAAGCUGUGUAUGAAAUGCUUGCAUCAACGCAGCAAGCUGUCAGCUUUGCGCAGGACGAGUAUCGGCGCGCGUUUGCGAAGCAGGCAGCUCAGCAAAUGAACAGUGUAACAACGUAUCCGUGAGGCUCGUGUGAACCAGCAUGCGACGUAGUGCAGGUAUUGAUGAUGAUGGUCCAAAACUUGUUGAGGGAAUCAACAAAGACAUGAAUACGGACGCAUUGUAACUGGCACACUACAGCAUGGCGGAGUGUUCCAGACGCGCAAAAUGUGGGGACAGAGGGCGCAGAUGGUGCUUCGUGCGUUGGCAGUGGGGUUGAAUGGUCGCUAGCGGCCUCGAGAGUGCCGGGAAUGUGGGUCGUUUAACGGUUUCGCGCCAAAUGAACUGGUUGCAGGCUGGAGUACUAUUGCCGUCAACUGUAGAUGGUCUUGAGCUGGAUGAUGGUCGCUGCGAUUGGCUUCGAAGCACAUGGUGUUUCCCAAAGAGGCUUAGCUUAUCGGGAGAUCAACAUCGAGAUCAGCGUUAAGAACGUUGGUUGUGUCCAAAAGUGGUAUAGCAUAGGGUCUAGGCCCGAAAUCCAAGUGAAUGGAAUGCAC